AUGGGUGUGCAGGUGCGGUUUGUAGUGGCAACCGUGGCGGUGGUGGCGGCGUGCUGGCUGGUGGCGUGUGGGGCUGGCGAGACGUUUGACAGCAAGAAGCUCCGGCUGGUGGACUACGAUGCGACGACAGGCAAUUUUCUCUUCCGAUCCAACGAUCCUUUGACGCCGAGUGGAAGCUUUGAUUGGACAGGGCUUACCGGUCGGAUGGCAGAGGUGGCCGCCAAUGCGUCGAUCCAGUUUCCGGCUGAUGACGAUCUGUUCAUGAUGGACUUUUCGCUCCUCUCGCCGCUGCUGCCCAAGGAGCGGGCCAAUCUCAAGGUGGAGGAGGCGUACUUUGCCGCAAAUGCCACUCGUGGUAAGCUCAUCUCGUGGCCGCUGGUCGGCUCGGUCGAUGAUGCGAACAAGCUGCAUGAGGCCGUGCGCAAAGAUCUGGCCAAGGCCCUGCCCAAGGACAUGAUCGACAAGCUGCCGUCGCGCAUUCCGUACCUCCACUCGCUUGUCCACACUCCGUCGAGCCACGGCAAGCCGCUAGUGGUUGUUGUUCACUGCGAGGGUGGCAUGGACCGGACUGGCGAGUCGAUUGGCUCGUACUACCUGCAGUACCUCGGGUGGUCAUACGCCAAGGUCCUCGCCUACAACGACGCCAUCGACAACCGUAACAUGUCGACAACCACCGGCAACGCGCUCAACUGGUACUGCUGGUACCUUUACUACGCCUUUGGCUCACAGUUCUCGUAUCUAAAGUGCGAUCUCCCGCACUAGACAAGCGCAGGCAGCGGCGCAAGCGCCACCAUGUCUUUGUCGCCGCGGGCGCCGAGCGUCGGCGACCGCCUGAGCGUCCGCUGGACCGACCGCCG